AUGCGUUUCUUUGGCAACAAAGCAAACGAGGAGAUGGCCGAGAAAGGCACCCCUGAGUCUGCGACUCCUGCCGAGACUCCAGCAAGGACUGUGUCCCCCACCAGGAAGGAAGCUGAAAUCGAGCCCCAGGGCCGUGUUCCUGCUGUCGCUGUCAUCCUCGGCGCAGUUGCCAGUAUUGGAGGAUUCAUGUUCGGUUACGAGUCCGGACAGAUCUCUGGUUUCCUCCAGAUGUCGGACUUCCUCGAGAGGUUUGGCGAGAACGGCGAGUUCUCUGCCAUUCGCCAGGGUACCAUUGUCGGUCUCCUCUGUAUCGGUACCCUGUUCGGUUGCUUGAUCUCGGCUCCCCUUGCUGACAAGUUCGGCCGUCGCCCUACUAUUUCCGGUUCCGCGUUCUUCUACAUUGUUGGUGUGAUCAUCGAGAUUACCAGCGAGCGUGUCUGGGUUCAAUUCGCUAUGGGUCGCUUCACAGCCGGUCUCGGUAUUGGAGCUCUCUCUACCGUCGUCCCCAUGUACCAGUCUGAGUCUAUCCCCAAGCGUAUUCGCGGAGCGACCGUCAGUUCUUACCAGCUGCUCAUCACCCUCGGAAUUUGGACCGCGUACAUGGUCAACUAUGGCACAUCCAAGGACUACACCAACAAUGCUCAGUGGCGCAUUCCCAACGGUCUGUCUGCUCUGUGGGCCAUCAUCUUGGGUAGCACUAUCCUCCUCCUCCCCGAGUCCCCUCGCUACGCCUACCGCAUGGGUCGCAUUGACGAGGCUCGCGCCAACAUGGCUCGUCUGAACGGUAUCGACCCCAACAGCGCCUUCAUCGACAACGAGAUCCGCGAAAUUGAGGAGAAGCUUUCUGCCGAGAGGGCUGGUGGUGACCACCCAUGGCACGAGAUCUUUACCGGCCCUCGCAUGCUGUACCGCACUCUCCUCGGCAUGGUUCUCCAGGCUGGCCAGCAGCUCACGGGUGCCAACUACUUCUUCUACUACGGAACCACCAUCUUCAGCGCCACCGGUCUUAAGAACCCUUACGUCACUUCUAUCAUCCUUGGUACCGUCAACGUGGUGGCUACUAUUGGCGGUCUCUGGAUUGUCGAGAACGUCGGCCGCCGUAUGGCAAUGAUGUGUGGCGCCGCCUGGAUGUUCUUGUGUCUGUUCAUCUACUCGUUCGUCGGACACUAUGUCUCCAACCCCGACCUCGCCACCGGCCAGCCCGUCCCUACCUCUACUGCGGGCAACGUCAUGAUCGUCUUCACCUGCCUGUUCAUUGUCGGAUUCGCGACCACCUGGGGACCUCUCGUCUGGGCUAUUGUUGGUGAACUGUACCCUGCUCGUUACCGCGCGACCUGCAUGGCUCUCGCUACAGCCGCUAACUGGCUGUUCAACUUCAUCAUCUCGUUCGUAUCGACCCUCGUCACCGACCGCAUCGACUACUACUAUGGUCUCGUCUUCGGCGUCUCCUGCUUCAUCCUCUUCUGGGUUGUCUACUUCUUCAUGAUCGAGUCCAAGGACCGCUCGCUUGAGGAGAUCGACACCAUGUACAUGCUCCACGUCAACCCCAUCACUUCCGCCAAGUGGGACGCGUCCACUCUGCAGAAGGACGGCCUCAUCGACACCGAUCGUCUUCAGAUGGGCCCUGGUGGACGUAGCUGGAGCAAGGCUGAGCAGGCCAACACUCGCGGCGGUAUCCUUGAGCCUGCCGAGCGCAAUGAGCUCCAGGUUUAG